UAAAGGAGCAAAAGUAGGAAAACUAGUUGAAAUCUGUGGGUAGAUAGAUAAACCAGGGCCAGGUUUAACUGAAAAGGGUACAAAAUUUCUCGUCACUUUUUCUCACUCUCUAUACGCUCUGCUAGCUGAGGUGAACAACCCUUCCAAAAAAUAUCUCACUUCUGCCACAAUGCAAGGAGGAAUUAGGGCAGUGUUCUCUCACGGGAAUGUGCUCAAGGAUGCUGUUCUACGCCAUAUGCGUGUGGUGCCUCCAGCCAUGCGUUCUCUCAUGUUUGCACGCCAGGAAUCGGCCUCGGCUGCUCGCAUUGAAGAGCACGGUUUUGAGAGUACCACGAUCUCGGAUAUUCUGAAAGCCAAAGGGAAGAGCGCGGAUGGCUCCUGGCUUUGGUGCACCACUGAAGACUCCGUGUAUGAUGCUGUGAAGUCGAUGACACAGCACAAUGUUGGUGCUCUAGUGGUGGUUAAACCUGGGGAGCAGAGAUCACUUGCUGGAAUUAUCACAGAAAGAGAUUAUCUCAGGAAAAUCAUUAUACAGGGAAGGUCAUCCAAGUCAACCAAGGUCGGGGACAUCAUGACUGAAGAGAACAAGCUUAUCACUGUAACUCCGGACACCAAAGUUUUGAAGGCUAUGCAACUGAUGACAGAUAACCGCAUCAGGCACAUUCCGGUGAUCAAUGAAGGUGGAAUGAUAGGGAUGGUGUCCAUCGGAGAUGUCGUUCGUGCAGUCGUGAACGAGCACCGGGAUGAGUUGAACCGUCUGAAUGCUUAUAUUCAGGGGGGAUACUAGACGAUGACGACGAUAAGCAACUUGUUCUGUGCUCCGUGCGAUGACGGAGUUGAGGAACUUCUGAGUCUUGUAAAUAUUGGUGAUGCAUGCAUUUCCUGGAGUUGCCUGACAUGUCCUAAGAUUAAUAAUAAGAUGCACUCUAAACUGCUCAGACAAUGAUUGUUAACCUUGGUAUUAAUGUCGUUUUUCCUUAUUUGUCCA